AUCCAGUGCUUUGUGCCGCCUCUAAUGACGAAACAUCCGGUUGUGCAGCAGCCAUUUUGUAUGUCCAUGCAAGUCCAUCCCUCACGGUCGAAAACAGCAGUUCCCCCUUGGAAAUUAAAUACAAAUAUUGUGAUUUUGAGGACUUAUUAGCGGUUUAUGGCUAUCGGUAACCGAUUGAAAUUUGCGAUACAACAUUAAUAAGAAGAGGUUUUUGCCUUCGACGCAUGCGCCAGGUUUCUCUUGUGUAAGCGCUUGUUUAGGGCCGGAGGGUAGCUAUGUCGAGCGAGGAAAGCUACCUGGCAAUCCAACGAUAUCUGACUGACGAGCGGGAACCGUACGCGCCAGGUACUCAGGGCAACGCCAAGAGAAAGAUUCGCAAGGCGGCUACAUGUUAUGUGGUUCGGAACGGGACGUUGUACUAUCAGCGGCGACAGAAAGGCCUUGACGAGUUCACCGAAUUGGAGGUGGUGCUUCAGGCCGGGCGACGGAAGGAACUCAUCGACGAGGCACACAUCACUGCCGGAGGAGAGCACCUCAACCAGCACCAGACAUGGGACACAAUAUCUCAAAAGUACUGGUGGAGAGGCAUCUUGAAACAGGUGAAGGACUACAUUAGAGAAUGCAGUCAGUGCCAGGGGAAGCAGGAUCGAGGGCGAGGCUGGGCAGAGGACGCAGCGGGGGCACCGCUGGGGCGGAGGCGUUGGAGACGGCGGGCUGUUGCUGAGCCUGAUGACGAGAACGAGGAAGAGGAGGAUGAGGAGGAGGAGGAUAUCGGACUUUCUGAGUCCCAGUCCGUCUAUCACAAGCUCUCCAGAAACCCUUCUGCUGUGGCCAAGCACGAGCUUGUCUUUGUGGACAGUAAGGGCGUUGUGAAGCAGUUCCUUCCCAAACACGGACAGACUACGCUGGACAAGCUGAACCAGCAGCGCCUCCAAAAUCAGUUCUGUGACAUCACACUGCUGAUCGAGGGGGAGGAGUUUCGCGCCCACAAGUCCGUACUGGCCGCCUGCAGCGACUACUUCAGCCAGCUCUUUAUUGAAAAAGGGGCUGUGUCCAGCCAUGAGGCUGUGGUCGACCUCUCAGGCUUCAGUAAGUCCAGUUUCCUGCCCCUGCUGGAGUUUGCCUACACCUCCAGCCUGACCUUCAACUUCUGCGUGAUGGCUGAAGUGGCCACGUUAGCGCGCCACCUGCUGAUGGCCGAGGUGCUGCAGCUCUGCGAGUCCGUGCACAAGCAGGUGGAGGAGCAGAGGCUCAUGGUCUACCAGAAAGGAGACGUCCACACCGUGGUGUCCGGCCCAUCUGCAACGCCGCCGGCCCCUGCGGAGGAGGCGGGGGCGUACAUGGUCACGGUGCAGAGGGACGGCCAAGCGGUGGUCAGUCACAGCGGGGACGGGGGGGCGGGCGAGCCUGCCCCGGUGGUCACUCCUGACGGGGAACAGGCAUCAGAAGAGCCUGUGGCUGUGGUCACUCCCGGCGAAGAUGUAGGGGCAGACCAACCUUUGGCUGUGGUCGCCCCUGUUGGAGAGGUGGGGGCAGAUGAGCCCCUGGCUGUGGUCAUUCAGGGAGGGGAAGGUGAGGCAGGCGAGACCCUGGCUGUGGUCUCGGCCUGCUGGUCUGCGGAGGAGUCUCAGGCUGCUGAGGUUCCGGCAGAGGCGGCGGGGUUGGUGGUGCUGGAGAAGGGACCAGAGCCAGAGGCCUUUAUCAUCAGCGUGGAUCCUGGGAAAGUGGCCCCAACGGAGGCCCUUCAGCUGGCGGCCACAGCGCCCUCUACAGCGCCGGAGGAGGCAGCGACGAUGAACCCGAAGCCGACCGAACUCCCCCCCAAACGCAAGCGGGGGCGUCCCGCUAAGGUGAAGCAGGAGGUGGUGCUGGUGGAAGAGGCUCCAGAGGCUCCGGAGCCUCGAUCCGCCUUCGAGGAAAAGGUGGAGGGGGAGGAGAGUCCGGUGGACGACACCUACAAGGGGCGCCUUCGGAAAGGGCGCUCGCUUGGAGAGGGCGCGUACGUCCGCCUGCACAUGGGCCUGGAGGAACAGGCACCGGACAAGAAAAAAGCCCAGGCCCCUCGGUCUGCCAUCCAGAAGGUAGGAGAAGUGGCUCAGAGGCUGGUGAAGCGGGGUCGAAUGAUACAGCCCACAAAGAAGAAGGGGGCGGAACCCGGGGAGGAGGAGCAGUCUGGGACGGGAUUGACGGAGCCGGAGGUCGUGGCGGAAGGAGCCGUAGAGGGCGAACACACGUGUUCAGAGUGCGGAGUACUGUUUCCACGGCGAUACGACCUGAUUAUGCAUACACUGAAGCACGAGAAGACCCGUGGCUACAAGUGCAGCCUGUGCAAUAAGGAGUUCCAGUACGCCGCGUCGCUGCGCGCCCACAUCGCCCGGCACAAGCGGCAGAAGACCCAGCGGGCGGCGGGGACGCGGGCGUCCGCCGAGGACGAGGACGCCGGCGACGGCAAGGCCAAGAGCCGCACCAAGCGGGAGUUCGUGUGCGACAUCUGCGGGAAGACCCUGCCCAAGCUCUACUCGCUGCGCAUCCACAUGCUGAACCACACGGGCGUGCGGCCGCACACCUGCCGCGUGUGCGGCAAGGCCUUCGCCCACAAGCACAGCCUCAAGAUGCACCGCGCGCUGCACGACGCCCUCAAGCAGUUCCACUGCUCGCUCUGCGACAAGUCCUUCGUCAGCAAGAGGAGCCUGGAGGAGCACACCAGCAUCCACACCGGUGUGUCCAAGUACCUGUGCACGACAUGCGGCAAGGCUUUCCACCGAGCCUCUGGGCUGAGCAAGCAUCUGAAGAGGCACCAGCCCAGGCCGGAGGUGCGGGGGUUCCCCUGCUCGCACUGCGAUAAGAGCUUCUACGAGGCCAAGGACCUGCAGCAGCACAUGAACAAACACCUGGGGCUCAAGCCCUUCCAGUGCCAGGUGUGCGGGAAGUGCUACAGCUGGAAGAAGGACUGGUACUCGCACGUCAAGUCCCACAGCGUGGCCGAGCCUUUCAAGUGUAAUAUCUGUGGGAAGGAGUUCUUUGAGAAGGCCCUGUUCCGGAGGCAUGUGAAGAAGGCCACUCACGGGAAGAAGGGGAGGGUGAAGCAGAACCUGGAGAGAGAGUGUGAGCACUGCGGGAGGAAGUUCACCCAGCUCAGAGAGUACCGGCGCCACAUCAACAACCACCAGGGCGUGAAACCCUUCGAGUGCCUGACGUGCGGUGUGGCGUGGGCCGACGCCCGGUCCCUGAAGCGGCACGUCCGCACGCACACGGGCGAGCGCCCGUACGUGUGCCCCGUGUGCCAGGACGCCCACAUCGACGCCCGCACGCUGCGCAAGCACAUGACCAAGUACCACGGCGACUACCUCCCGGGCAAGAUCAUGCUGGAGAAGGACACCCUGCAGUUCCACAACCAGGGCACCCAGGUGGAGCACGCCAUCAGCAUCCUGGCCCCCGACCUGCCCCCCGAGCUGCAGCCGCCCGACCAGCAGCUGCUCGACGAGGAGAUCGAGACCGUGCUGGUCACCGAGGAGACGGUGGAGGCGGUGCAGGCGGUGGUGGGCGGGGCGGAGGACGCCGCCGGGGCCGUCAACACGCUCUCCGACCAGAGCAUCAUGCAGGUGGUGAACUACGUGCUGUCCCAGCAGACCACGCUCCCCGCCCAGCCCAAGCUGGACGAGGGCCGGCCCCACUCCCCCGACCUCAUCCAGACUGUGGAGGUGGAGGUGGCCCACAUGGCCGAGGUGGAGUAACGCUGGCGCGGAGGUCGGGUGUGUGCGCGCACGUAGCCCCAGCCUCAGCGCAGAACAACCGGCCUUAGCCAGCUGCACUACACCGAGCCUGUGCAGGCCGUGCUGCCAUUGGCCGAAACCUACGCCCGCUAGCGCCGGCUCAGCUGAUGGAAUGGAUACCAGUAAUGUCCGCUCACACCAGGAGCAGUAACUAGUGCAUUUCCUUUGUUAGCCUCUGAAGCAUACAUAAAAUAUACCUGGCAAACCAUAUGGAUUUCCACAGCUUUCCUCCUAUAAAUGUGUACUUUUAUGAUGUCCUGGCGUCAGUUGCUGUUCUUCAGGUUCACACUGGCCUACCAGGACUGGGCAGUGAACACUGGAGAUCCACCGAAAUGCAUCUCCAGCAUCAGACGCAUCUGUAGAGUAUUUUCUUUGAGCAGAGUGAGGCCCUUCCUCUCCAGCAGGAUGAACUUGUUUAUUUGUGUGCUGUAGAAUACACAGCUAUGAGGUCCCAUUGGGGACAUGGUGCUUCUGGCAGCACUUGUAAAUAAUUCUGCUUAAUGCGAGAGAAAUUAAAAGAGGAAAAGGAUA